GAUGAAGAAAUGUGGACAUGCAUCAUGCAGCACCACUGGGGACAAACACAAACCUUAAAGUUAUCUUCGAUAAAUGUUUGAUUUUGACCUGAAACUAAAGUCUAUCUGCCAGGGUUCAGAUGUUGUCUUUAAAACACUACAGAGACCUCAUCGCUACCGUAGCUGUAAGCUAUCAGCCCUGUGCUUAAACGCCUUACACACUUUUGUGGGCAUCAUUUUUGAUAAAUUAACCACGUUUAAGACAUUUUAACAGUUCAUCAUGUCUUCCUUUAUAAAGGAAGGCAUGAUGGGAAACUUAAACUGACAAAAACCCAAAUCCAAAAAUGGGACAAGAAUGCAAGUUGGAAUAAAGAGAUAUCUCACAGUCGAUGAUCCAAAAGGGAGCAGUGUUAACUACUGGCUAAAGGUGGCAGUAAUUACAGAUCUGCACGACGCCUUUUAAAGUUUGAAUUCUUUAUGCUGGUGGAAAAAUGGGGACUACUUGUCUGUACCCUCGACUUUGCCAAUGGGAAGCUUGCCAUACCACUGAACAGCCCCUGAGGACCACUGCAAGGACCUGCGCAAUUCAAACCUGCUCACUUAAAGCCAUUAGUGCCCGAGUAUUUUCGCUCCUCUCCCUCCUGCCUAACAAGGCAUGGAUGGCUCCCAAACAGAAGUGGUAAUGAGGUCCUGAGCAGCCUCGCAGCUUCACACACUGAGACACCGGAGCACCGAGGGCCAGGUCGGUCAGCUGCAGGGAACCGAAGCACAGAGAGUCCCGUAGUCCACCGGCUCACCUGGGACUGUAAGGCAAAUGUGAUCCUGACACAUUGUUCUGGCAUGCAUAAAAGGGCCUUUUCAAGGGUCCUCGGGGGAGACCUGGGAGCCUGAUCUUAAAGGAGUAACAGUGACGUUGGUUUGAUGGCUCUCCCUCCUAUCGACCUUUUUAACGGCCUCGUUUAUGAGAAGUUGUCCUAUGACUCAUGCGACUGUGGCUCAGAAAGGGUUCAGGAAGUGGUGACAUAAUAAGCAAAUUAACCCCCUCUUUCUUUCCUGUUUUUUAAAAGGAUGGUCAGGCCAGGCUGUCCAGUCUUUCUGCUCCACCUCUUCAGCAUCUUUGUACAGUCAGGAGCUCGUACUCGGGACAUCAUGUAUCCAUAUGGACCCAACCACAGGGAUCUAGAAACCCCAAAGAUGGAUGAUGGGAGUUCUCCAGAAAUUACUUUGCUCACUCAUUUUGUUUUCUUCAAUGUUCCAUACCGUACCAUCUAUAUCAACAACAAUGGUGUGAUCUCCUUCAAUGUGCAGGUUAGCCAGUUCACCCCAGAGGCUUUCCCUCUGAGCGACAGCAGAUCCUUCAUUGCUCCACUUUGGGCAGAUGUGCACAACGGCAUCCGAGGAGAUGUGUACUACAGAGAAACCACUGAACCGGAAAUACUGGAAAGGGCCACACAAGAUAUUCGGAGAUACUUUAAAAGCAUGCCCACGUUUACAGCCACCUCGGCCUUCAUUGCAACAUGGCACCAAGUCACCUUCUAUGGAGGAAGCCAGACGACCCCGGUGAACACAUUCCAAACUGUACUAAUCUCUGAUGGCGUGGCGUACUUCAGUAUGUUCAAUUACGGAGAAAUCUCAUGGAGCACGGGAACCGCCAGUGGUGGAGAUCCUUUAACGGGACUGGGUGGGACGACAGCUCAGUCAGGUUUUAACGGAGGAGACAUUGGUCACUUCUUCAACCUGCCGGGAUCUCGGUCAAACGACGUGGUGAACAUUGAACAGACGACCAAUGUGAACACGCCCGGGCGCUGGUUAUUCCGCGUCGACACUGAACUGAUAAAUCCCGCCAAUGGCUGCAGCUACAACGGGCGUUUUUACAGACGAGGGGAAAUCUUCUGGCUGUCGGACCAGUGCUCCCAGCGCUGCCGCUGCCUUGACAUUGACAACGAGGUGCAGUGCCAGGAAGCUCCAUGUGGGCAGCUGGAGACCUGCGAGCAGCAGGAAGGCGCCUUCUACUGCCAGCCGACCCGCACCAGCACUUGUGUGGUCUUCGGAGACCCUCAUUACCACACCUUCGAUGGCUUCCUCUAUCACUUCCAGGGAACCUGCUCCUACCUGUUGGCUCGGCCCUGCUGGGAGGUGACGGGGCUGCCUUUCUUCAGCGUGGAGGCCAAAAAUGAGAACCGAGGGAUGGCCUCGGUCUCUUGGCUUAGAGAUGUGACAGUGGAGGUGUACGGACACAGAGUCAUGUUGCCCAAAGGCAGUGUUGGCGCAGUCCAGGUGGAUGGUUUGAUGAAGACUUUGCCGGUCCAACUGGAGCUGGGUGCUAUCCGGGUAUACCAGUCCGGGGUUGCCAUUGCUUUAGAAACGGAUUUUGGACUCUUGGUGACCUAUGACGGCCAACACUAUGCCUCCAUCUCCCUACCCAGCUCCUACUUCAACAACACUUGUGGGCUUUGUGGUAAUUAUAACGAUGACCCGGCCGAUGAUCCUGUGCUUCCCGACGGCUCGCUAGCAGAAAGCGUAGUGGAGUUAGGGGGCAGCUGGCGAGCGGAGGACACGGACUGGAGGUGUACUGAUGGUUGCGCCCAGAACUGCAGUGUGUGUGAUCCCGCUACAGAAGCCUUCUACUUUCGCCCUGACUACUGUGGACUCAUCAACAAAACCGAUGGACCUUUCAGGGACUGCCGAGCUGUAGUGGACCCUACCGCCUUUGUGUACAGCUGUGUGUAUGACAUGUGCAGCAACCGGGAUAACAUCACCACACUUUGCCAGGCAAUCCAGGCCUAUGCUCUGGCCUGUCAGGCUCUUGGAGUCACCAUACGAUCCUGGAGAUCUCGCACCUUCUGUGCUUUGACUUGUCCAGAAAACAGCAACUACCAAGUGUGCACAAGUGCCUGCCCGGCCUCCUGCUCGGACCUCACCUCCCCCCUGUAUUGCAUCCACCCUUGCACGGAGGGCUGCCAGUGUGAUCCAGGCUACGUCCUCAGCGGGAGUCAUUGUGUACAGCGUGAGGACUGUGGCUGUGAGCAUAACGGCCUCUAUUACCCCCUCAAUAACACCUUCUGGGUAGGUCAAAGUGGGGAAGAAGGUGAAUGUACCCUCCGUUGCACCUGUGGACCCAACGGGGAAGUUUCCUGCUUCAACGCGUCCUGCAAGGAGGGUGAGGUGUGUGUCGCCGAGGUGGGCUUGCUGGGUUGUUACCCGCGGAGGGAGGGAGUGUGCUCAAUCACCCAGAACUCAGUGACCACCUCCUUUGAUGGCACCUUCCUGCUGUUCCCAGAUGACAGCUCUUACUAUCUGCUGAAGCUGUGCAGUCCGGUGCCUGCUAACGGCUCCAUGGUGGAGGUGAAGAUGGGCAGGCGGUUUGUGAACAAAGGCCCCACAUGGAAAAGACCUGUGGUGGUUACAGUGGCUAACAUGGAAGCUCAGAUGGGAGGGUCAGAUUUUGAUAUAGUAAAGGUGAAUGGUGAACCAGUGACGCUCCCAUAUGUCCAUCCGAUGGAGACGAUGAUGAUCUACAAAGCACCGGGUAACGCCACAGUGGUGGAGUCCCGUGGUCUGCUUCGUGUCCAGUACAACCGUCAGGGAUUCCUCAACAUCUCCCUCUCCACCAUCUUCUACAAUGUCACGUGUGGUCUAUGUGGCGUCUUCAACAGCAACGGCACCGACGACCUCCGCCUUCCCAACGGACGCCUGGCGGACUCUACUGAGCAGUUCACGGAGGGCUGGCGCUCCAUCGCCGACGACCUCACGUGUAACGGCGACUGUGACGAUCUUUAUCGGAUGUGCACGGACUUGCGUCUCUACCAGAACCCGUGGAUGUGUGGCAACAUCAACGACCCGGGGAAUAGUUCAUUUCUGGCGUGUCACGCAGUGGUGAACCCCUCGCCGUUCUUCAGGAACUGCCUGUACAACAUGUGUGUGAAGGAAGGGAACCGAUCAGCGCUGUGUUCCUCGCUGCAGGCGUACGCCAGCGCCUGUCAGGACGCUCAAGUGGGCCUCGCCUCCUGGAGGAGUGUCACCAACUGCCCUCUUCCCUGUCCACCAAACAGCCAUUUUGACGAGUGCACCAGCGCCUGCCCUUUGACCUGUGCCAACCUCGACGACCCUGAAGAGCCGUGCCCUCUGCCCUGUCAGGAGGGCUGUCAGUGUGAGGACGGAUUUGCUCUUCGUGACGGCCUGUGCGUGUCCCGAAGCGACUGCGGCUGCAUGAGCCACGGCCGGACGCUGGCCACGAAUCAGACGUUCUGGACGGACUGGGAGUGUCAGGAGCGCUGCUACUGCAACGGCUCAGACAACAGCGUUUACUGUCAGCUCGCGCCUUGCAACCCCGAGGAAUACUGCCAGGAGAGCGACGGCCUGUAUUUCUGCCAGCCCCGCACCGAGGCCCUGUGCGUGGCGGCUGGUUACGGACACUUCCUGCCGUUUGGCGGCGUCCCGUUUGAGCUGCAGAGCUCUUGUACUCUCAAGAUGGCCACCACGGUGUGCGGGACAGACAACAGGGAGCAGGAAACUGUCGGUGGGGCUUUUCCUCAGUUUAAACUGGCGGCUCGUAACGAGGAGAGAGACACAGGCCAGGCCAUUUGGGUGAGGGGCUUUGUACUGGAGGUCUACGAGUAUGAGAUUGAAGUGUCCCGAAGCUACAAAAACACUGUCACGGUGAAUAAGGAGCGUUUGUACGUGCCUCUGAAGCUCGGCCCGGGGAAGGUCCACAUCUUCACCUGGGGCAUGCAGCUCAUUCUGGAGACAGAUUUCGGCCUGAAAGUGGCCUUUGACUGGAACACCCUGCUGCUACUGACUCUACCCCGCGACCUCUACAACUCCUCCUGCGGCCUCUGCCAGGGCAUGCCCUUAUCUCCCCCCACCCUCACCACCACCGACUGGGGCAUGGCCUGGGCGGAGAGGGACACCUUCUGCCAGGUGGGCUGUGGAGACUCCUGCCCUCGCUGUGGCCUCGGAGAAACCAGCUCGCAGAACGACUCUCCUCUCAUGGUGGUGGACGCAAACUCGGACUCGGACAACGGGGCGAAUGCAGUCGAGACGGGGAUGCGUUUCCACAUGGGAGACGGACUGUAUGUGUACGUGGAGCCCGAGGCAGUGAGGUUAUGCGGGCUGAUAGUGGAUCGAGGAGGUGUGUUCGCACGCUGCCACAGCAAGGUGGCGCCGGCGUUUUUCUAUCAGAGCUGCCUGCAGGACACCUGUCUGGACCAGGGAUCCCAGGAUACUGUGUGCAACUGGCUGCAGAUGUAUGCCACCACCUGUCAGACCCAAGGGGUUCCUGUUAGCGGCUGGAGGAGCGACACGCCGUGUGUCCAGAGCUGUCCACCGAACAGCCAUUACUCCAGCUGUGUGUCGGUCUGCCCGCCGCAGUGCGCCCCCGCCCGCGGGCAGAGGGACUGCAGUCAGGACUGUGUGGAGGGCUGCCAGUGCGACCCGGGCUACGUUCGCAACGGAAAGAGUUGCAUCCUGCCGCAGAACUGUGGCUGCUACACUGAUGGCAAGUACUAUGAGCCCAAACAGCUGUUUUGGAACACUGACUGUACCAAGCGCUGCCAGUGCAUCGGACGAAACCUGAUCCAGUGCGACCCGCGGCGCUGUAAGGCGGAGGAGGAGUGUACGCUACGGUACGGGGUUCGGGGAUGCUUCGCUCGCCGCUCCCAGCACUGCGUUGCCUCAGGUGGGGGGGUUUUCAGGACCUUCGACGGGGCCUCUCUGCGACUCCCGGCCUCCUGCUCCUUCGUCCUGUCCACGAACUGUCACAAGCUGCCGGACCUUUCCUUCCAGCUCAUCGCCAACUUUGAUAAGUGGAGCACGCCCAACCUCACCACCAUCUCCCACGUCUACCUCUACCUCAACGAGGAGAAUAUCCUCAUCUCUGGAAGCACUGUCAAGGUGAACGGUACCCCGGUCUCAGUCCCGUUUCUCACGGUGAUGACGCGUCUGUCCACGUCCGAAGGUUUCAUCGUCAUCGACACGCCGCAGGACAUCCAGAUCCGGUACAACCGCUUCAACACGCUGAGCAUCACCAUGGGCCAGCGGCUGCAGAACAAGGUGUGCGGGCUGUGCGGAAACUUCAACGGAGACCCCGGCGACGACUACAUCACCUCCAGGGGGAAGCCGGCCGUCAGCGCCCUGGAGCUCGCCCAGAGCUGGAAGACCAACGGUAUGCAGAACAGUUGUGAUGAGACCCAGUUCGUGGCUCUGGCGCAGUCCUGUGACAACACGGCUGUUCUGGCGCUGCAGAGCGAGGACGCCUGCCAGAAGCUGACCCAGCUGAAGGGCUUCUUCCAGCCGUGCCACGGGCUGCUGGACCCGCGGCCCUUCUUCCAGUCCUGCUACCUGGACGGCUGCUACAACCACCGCAAGGCCCAGGUGUGCGGCUCGCUGGCGGCCUACGCCGAGGCCUGCCGCUCCAUGGGGACCCUCACCACCAAGUGGAUCACCCAGGAGAACUGCUCAGAAUGGAUCUACGACCCCUGUGCAGGAGAGAUCUGCACAAACUUCACCUGCGAGCUGGAGAACGGAGGAGACCUGUGCGGCUGCCCGGAGUUACCCACCAGCACCGGCGGUGAUGACGACAUCAUCCAGGCGGAGGUGACCUGUAAACACGCUAAGAUGGAGGUCUCUAUCUCCAAGUGUAAGCUCUUCCAGCUGGGCUUCGAGCGCGAGGACGUGCGGAUCAACGACGAGCACUGCGGAGGCAUCGAGGGCGAGGACUUCAUCUCCUUCCACAUCAACAACACCAAGGGCCACUGCGGCUCCAUCGUUCAGUCGAACGGGACCCACAUCAUGUAUAAGAACACGGUGUGGAUCGAGAGCGUGAACAACACGGGGAACGUGAUCACCAGAGACCGGACCAUCAACGUGGAGUUCUCCUGCGCCUACGAGCUGGACCUGAAGAUCUCUCUGGAGACCGUCCUCAAGCCCAUGCUCAGUGUGAUAAACCUGACCUUGCCGACUCAGGAGGGGAACUUCAUCACGAAGAUGGCGCUGUAUAAGAACUCUUCGUACAGGAACCCGUACCGGGAGGGGGAGGUGGUUCUCAGCACGCGGGACAUCCUCUUCGUAGGAGUCUUCGUCGAGGGGGCCGACGAGAACCAGCUGAUCCUCAUCGUCAACAUGUGCUGGGCCACGCCGUCCCGCUACAGCAGCGACCGCCUGCGCUACAUCAUCAUAGAGAGAGGGUGUCCGAACAUUAAGGACAACACCAUCGGCAUGGCGGAGAACGGCGUGUCGCUGACCUGCCGCUUCCACGUCACCGUCUUCAAAUUCAUCGGGGAUUACGAGGAGGUGCAUCUCCACUGCGACGUCACGCUGUGCGACUCGGAGACGAGCGCCUGCAAAGUGAACUGUCCUCACAAGAGAAGGAUGUACUCGGAGGAAAGCAACCAUAGAGAGCACAUACUGACUGUGGGGCCCAUCAGAAGGAGGGAGUCGGACUGGUGUGAGGAUGGGAACGGAGGCUGUGAGCAGAUCUGCAGCAGCAAGUCGAGCGGUCCGGUCUGCAGCUGUGUGACCGGGAUGCUGCAGCGAGACGGGAAAAGCUGCCGGGCGGUGAGCUCCAGCUGUAACCUCACACCUGUGUUUUCUCUGCUGAGCGUCAGCGCUGUGAUCUCCGUGUUCCCGGCUCGUAUUCACACUCUGCUCUCAUAACACCCUGCCGGCAGAGGCCAAGAAUCAAAACACAGAAAAAGACUUGAAGAUGCACAAAGUUCAUCAGCGAUUAACUAGCCCGUAGAUUCUGUUACAGUCAGAGAAAUUGACUAAAAGGCACAUUCAUGAUUAAUAUGAGGAUAAGUAAACAGGAAGAGUGAGUCCCCUCCAUGUAAAGCCACUUAUUUGAAUGUGAUUAUCUUCCUAAAGGAAUGCAUUACUGCUCAGUUCUCUUCUACACCGCCAGCAGAUGGAGCCACUGGUGGGCUGUUUUGGAUUAUACUCAGUUUAAGGUAUAUUUAAUGUCACUCAAAUGGCAAACAUCCAAUUUCCAGGGCUCCACAACCACUGCUUUUAUCACACCCUGCCUUACAUUAGACCUUAAUGGUAAUGAUUAAGAGCUAUAGGUAAUAGUUGUUGCAUAACAGACAGAUUUCUAUAGUUGGUUUGCAUUUUCUGGAUACCUAUAUCUGGUAUUUACACCUUUCUCGUCAAUCUCUGUGUCUGUCCUGAUCCUCAAUUAUUAAUCAAGUCCACAUCAAACGUUGUUUUACUGUUAUACAAUAUCUCGAGACGUAACAUUUAUCAAUUAGUUGUUUAAUUUAUUGACAGAAAGGACAUCUUUGGUCAUCAAUCAAUGUUUUUUAGCCACACCAAAUAUGAACAUUUUGCAUGAUUUAAGCCCACGAUUUGUUAGCAUUCAGUUAGCUUUCUUACGGCUGUCUGUUUGGUUGGACUUGACAUUGGCCUCCAAAUAUGUAAUAUUUUAACGUUCCCGUCAGGGUUAGGUACCCAGAAUGCACCGUGGCUCCCAUUCCCUUUAGGCCAACGGGAAUUGAGCGAGUAAACCAAACUUUUUCCUCACUUUAUUCGAGUCUCAGACCUUCAAAAUCUAAUCAGUAAAUCAGCUUGUGGUAUUAAAGAGGCUACAGGUCACGUAAUGCUGUAAUCUUGGAAGUCAACGUGGAGUUAAUGAAUGAAAUAUAUUUAUGUGUGAGGAGAAAUAAACACUCUGAUAAGUUGAACUGGUAUUGUGUUGCUGUAGCGCCCGGCUGUGAGAUAUGCAAUCAGCUGCAACUCCUGCCAUAAACACACUGUCCAUAGACUGAUGUUCUCCUGGUUCAUGUUUUCUAUUUGGCACCUUAUGCGUUUUAAAUGUGGAUAAAAUGUCCUGAAAUGUUGGGUUAGUUUCACAGUCUGUAGGAGUUUUUAUUUUAGCCUGUUUUAUUACCUUCUGUGUACAAAUGUACAGUCUGUCAGUUUGGUGGUUUGUGUCAUGACUUUUGUUUUGGAUUAAUCACCUUUCUCUUUGUGUUUGGUUUUAAAACAUGACCGAGAUAUUUGUGUUUCUUUGAGAGCAGAACCACCCGACUUUUAAUAAAUGAAGACGUUCUCAAUGUCA